AUGCCUCCCCCUGAUGGCGAGGGCCAAGGGAGGACCAUACGCGGUGUUUUUGCCGAAAAGGGCCAGCUUGUCAGACUCGCUCCAAGUCUCUGUCGCGCCGCGACAAACAUCUGGGAGACCGAGGGAUACGGCAAUGUGAAAUGCGGUUAG